GGCUGUGAGAAAAAAUUCGUGAGGAAAGCUCUCUGCCUUGCCCAUGAAUCCACUCACACUUCCGAGGGCAACCGGAAGCAUCCGUGCAGCGUUUGCGGGAAAAAAUACGUAUGCAAAUCCUACCUGGAAGUCCACAUGAGAAUCCACACAAAUACCCGUCCCUUUGGCUGUGAAAUCUGCGGGAAGAAAUUCAUCACGAAUAUCGACUUGAAGUCGCAUCAAUUGGUUCACACGAAGGAAAAGAAGCAUUUCUGUGAGAGCUGUGGGAAGUUUUUCUCCCGGAAAGAUACCCUAAACAUCCACCGAAGAAGCCACACGGGUGAAAAACCCUACAAAUGCCCCUGCGGCGAUAGCUUUGCCAAAUCCUCCGUACGGAAUGUCCACAUGAAGCUCCACACGGGCGAGCGACCUUUCGCCUGUCCGGAGAAAAAUUGCACCAAGAGAUUUGUGGCCAAGAGCACAAUGAUGACGCAUAUCAAGAGACACAGCAAAUGACGCUUCCGGAGAAGUGUCCGGAAUCCGAGAUACGAAUGCAAUCGUGAGGAUUUGUAACGGUUUCCGCUUCAGUCCAGCAUUUGAUCGCCACCGAGACUGAUCGUGGCACUUUUGCUCUCUCUAUCGAAAAAGUUUUUCACGACUGAUAACCCAAGCGUUUUAAGUGAUAUUGGCAUUUCAAAAAGCCGCAAUUGAAGACGGUUCAGUGUUGAGAGCAAAUAUUUUGGAGACACUUGUGAAUUUUGUGCUGGAAAAAUCCUCCCAAAAAUAAUGAUGAAAAUCGGUUUUAUUGGUGGCGGCAAAAUGGCUCAAGCCAUGGCCAAAGGAUUCAUAGCUGCUGGACUGUCGAAAGCAGAAAACAUGAUUGCAAGUUGUCAUCCAGCUGAUCAGUUAUCAGCCGAAGACUUUGCAUCUCUUGGAGCCCAAUGUAUUGUGAAAAAUGUCCCAGUUGUUGAGAAGUCUGAUAUCGUCUUUGUCUCAGUGAAGCCUUCAGUUGUCCCAAUUGCUCUCGGUGAUGUUAAGCCCGUCAGCAAUGGAAAAUUAUUCUUGUCCAUCGCCAUGGGUGUAACAAUUCGUCAACUAGAGAUGAGACUCGCUGAGCAGGCUCGUGUUGUGCGUGUUAUGCCAAAUACGCCGGCAAUCAUCCGGAAAGGGUGCUCAGUGUUUGUACGUGGCUCUAAGGCUACGGACAAAGAUGUGAAGAUCACGCAGACACUCCUCCGUUCUGUUGGAUCGUGCGAGGAAGUGCCCGAAAGUCUCAUGGAUCCCAUCACUGCUGUCAGUGGCAGUGGCCCAGCCUAUGUCUAUCUCUUGAUUGAGGCUCUGGCUGAUGGGGGCGUGAAGAUGGGCCUGCCACGAGAUUUGGCAUAUCGUUUGGCUUCUCAAACGGUCCUCGGGGCGGGUGGAAUGGUGCGUGAGACUGAGAUUCAUCCAGCCAAAUUGAAGGACGACGUCACGAGUCCUGCUGGUUCAACAGCUGCCGGAUUGCACCACUUGGAACAGAGCGGAUUUCGAGCGAGUGUUAUUGGUGCUGUCGAAGCAGCAUCUCGUAGAUGUUCAGAAAUUGCCAAUGAGUCUGAUGAAUAAAGAAAGGAUUAUAGGAGCGUCUGCCAUACGAGUUUAAAAAAAAAGUGUUAGAGAAAUUAUUCAUCUCAGUGUUUAUUUUGUAAGUUUUUUUCUCUUUUAGCUGAUUUUAUACAAAAGAUAAUAUAAUAUUACUUCAUAA